UGAAUGUCAUAUUUCAAAUACUAAAGGGGUGUGGAGAUAAGCGGAAAGAAUUUCUAAUGGAUCUAAGAAGAGAAGGGGAAACUGUACAUUACAGAGGGAGAUCACAGGACAGUGUAGAUCACGUAACGUGGCUCUGGAGAUACGGGAGACCUGACAUCGUGAGAUCCUGUAUAGGUCUACAUCCACACUUGGACAUUUACAUCAUCGACAACAAAGCUUACAGGAAACCAAGCAAAUAUCAUAAUUAUUCUGAAGACGACAAAAGUUUUCUCUACAGUUUACUGUUGUGUGACAAAUACACUUCUGUUGUAAAUGGAGAUUCAAGUCAAGUCAAGUCAAUGUUGACAAAGAUGCGUGAACGGUAUUUCGAAAAACUCUCUCCAUCUAAUGAUAUUGAUUUAAAACAGCUCCAGCACGUGGUCAUCGAAACCCAGAAUGAUGAGGUAACGUUUGUGUCAGACGACAUCAGGCAUGACGUCAUGUACGCCUUUGUUACGGAGUGCCUGGUUGGAGACAGUGAUCUUGAGUUUUUCCUGACCACGGCGUCACGUGACGUGAUCUCAGAAUACUGCCGGUCCUGGAGGUAUAAGAGGAGUGAGGGAGAGAGAUGUCUGUAUAUACCGUACAGUCCGGUCAAGAUGUACGACCUCUUCAUAGACAAACUAAAGCUUGACAUCAUCACACACUGUACUGUGUCUGACGGGAGGAUUCAUGAAAGGAUCAGUAAACGUUUAAAUAUACCAGAAGAAGUACUAAGAUGGGAUAUCCAUGCUAGAAGAAGGUUUUUGAAAAACAUCAAGGAAGAAAAUGUGAAAAUGUUUCGCGCUAGGGGAAUGAUAGUUGGAUGUGCGGGCGCAGGAAAAACAACUCUUCUUAGAAAGCUUCACGAAAGGACGAGAAAACAUAAAAAUAGAGCAAGAGCAGAGAAAAGAACUCUUCGUAGAAAGUUUCAAAGAAGAAAUAAAACUGAUAAGGAUAGUACAGGGUCAGAAAACGCAUUUCUUCUGAAACAGCGUCAUAAAGCAGAGGGCACAAAUGAAGAUAAGCCAACUGAAUCAACCGUAGGUCUUGAGGUCCAUGAAGAUCUGUUUGUUAUCGAAGACAGCAAGUUAAAAGGUUACUCUUUGCUCUUCACAUAUAUGUGUAUUUUUAGUUGA